AUGGGAGAAGUCGACGUCAGCAGUUCAAUAUCUGCAUCUUCAGCGUCAAGCCUUGUUAGCUGGAGCGAUGUCCUUGAUCCUGCAAACCCAAAGAACUUCAGCUGCGGAAUGAAAUGCCUCAUUGGGUUGGUAAUCGGCUUGAUGAACCUCAUCGUGUCGUUCGCCAUAAGCGUCUUCUCGGGGGUGGAAGACCAAGUGAAAGAGGCGUUUCAUGGCAAAGAUGGCAAUGUCAUGCAGCGUGGAGUUUCGCUAUACAUCUUUGGCCUGGCCAUGGGCCCCUUGUUCUUCGGUCCAGCCUCUGAGUUCUAUGGUCGGAAACGUCCACUGCUCGCGGGCAUGUUGGGCUUCAUGUUCUCCACAAUACUGGUAACGGUUGUUCGGGACUUCGAUGAGGUCGUAGUGUUUCGCUUCAUCGCUGGAGCUUACGGCAGUGCCGCCUAUGUCAUACCGCCUGGCAUAUACGUCGAUCUGUACGGGCCAGUGGGCCGGGCGAUCGGCUAUAUGAUCUUCGCAUCGGGGGCAUUCAUCGGCGGCUCUUUGGGCCCAGCCAUAGCGACAGUCCUUGUGGAAAGCCACGGGCUGGACUGGCGAUGGAGCAUGUGGAUCACAGUCUUGUUUGCGUGUCCUCUUACGAUGAUCCUGAUCUUCUUGCCGGAGACCCUGGAGGCCAUACUAUUGCAACGUCUUUCUCAAAAGAUGAGGCAGCAGACUGGAGACUGGUCGUGGCACUGCGCAAGAGAUGAAGCCCCAUUCGAGCUGAAAGAUUUCUUGCUGAAGCCAUGGCGAAUGAUGGUCCAGGAGCCUGUUCUGAUAGUGGUCACUCUGGCUUUCACCCUUGACUAUGGUAUCCAGAGCCUCACUUAUACGGCGAUCCCGCAAGCUUUCUCAAAACCUCGUGGCUGGACAGAGUCUGGAUCAGCCUGGGCACUGACCGUCACUAUUGUCGGCUUUGUGGUCGGAUGCGUUGUCGUGGUGCUCGACACCCAAUUCCGUUUCGCAAAACGCCUCAGAGGCGGUGGACUAGUCCUUCCAGAGAGUAGGCUCCCACCGAUGAUCGCAGGCAUGGCUAUCCUCUCCUUUGGGCUACUCUUGUUCUCUUGGACAGCUGUCGAUAGGCUACCUGUCAUUGAACAGCUUCUCGCUGAGAUUCCAAUCGGAGCGGGCAUGUACAUGGUCUGGGUGACUGGGACAGUGUAUCUCCAGGACCUGUAUGUCAUCCACGCCAAUAGCGCGCUAGCGGCGUGCGCAUUCGUGCGAUACAGUGUUGGGUCGGUGUUCCCAUUAUUCGCGGCUUCGAUGUACAACAAGCUGGGGAUGCCUUGGUCUAUCCGAUUACUGGGCAUCUUGUGUGCUGUACUCGUUCCUCUCCACGUCAUCUUCUACGUCUUCGGUAAGAAGGUGAGGAGCUGGAGCCGCUUCGCCCUUCACGACUGCUAUCAUAUUUCCCAGUAA